UAGUUUAUUCCAAUAGUUUGUUUACAACACAAAUUACAGACAUUUUGUUCUCACCUUCGCUAUUUUCUACUCUCUGUGAUGUACAUUCAUUUCGGAACCAAGAAAGAGGGAAGUCUGAACCCUCAGUAUUUUCCUACUCAUUACAUUUAAUCUAUAGUUUUCAGUCUCUUCAUACCAGAGAUAUUUCAGUAUUUUCCCCCCUACUAAUGGGAAUUUUUGUUAACUAGUCCACCCAGGAUGUCUCUCAUCCAAAACUUUGUUCUUCUUACUAAUUAUCGUACAUUAUUUUCGUCUCAGUGUUAAUAAAACCCAAAUACUAUAUAUUUAUUCACUAAAUAAUCCACAUCACAAAAAAAAAAAAAAAAAACGUCCACAAUGAAACAAACAGAAGUUCCAUUUAUUUCCUCUAUGCAAAAGCUGCUGUUAUAUGAGACAAAAGCGCGUAUAUAUGUAGUUGGUUCAAAUAAUGAUGAGACUAAGUUUCGCAUUCUCAAGAUACAUAGAAAUGAGCCACGUGACCUAAUUAUGGAAGAUGACAUGAAAGUGUACACAGCAGAUGAAGUGCGUAAUACACUUGCAAUGAUCGAAUCGGGUAAUAGACCCCUAUCAAGUAUUCUAAAAGGUGGUUCUGGGUUGUUUAAAUCUGAAUCAGCUUUCGGUAUUGCUGGGUUUGUACGCUUUUUAGAAGGUUAUUAUAUGAUCUUAAUUACAAAACGGCGCCGUGUUGCAUUAAUUGGUCCCCACACAAUUUAUAAAGUUGAGGAUACAUGUAUGAUAUACAUACCUAAUGUGGGAACUCAUCAUAUCCAUUCGGAUGAAAGUCGAUAUGUGAAAAUGUUUCAGAAUGUAGAUCUUUCCAGUAAUUUCUACUUCAGUUACAGUUAUGAUUUAACUCACUCUCUACAAUACAACAUGGCUCAAACAAACUCACCAUCAGGUUCCAAAGAUUUGUCUCACAAUUCUGAUUCUUACUCAUAUCUUUUUGUGGACAAGAGUAAGUUUCACACUACAGCUACUCCUUACACUUUACCAGAAGACUGUAUUUUAGGAGUGAAAAACGUUGCUUCAAGUAAAUUUGUUUGGAAUGCAGCUCUUCAGCAGCCAUGUAAAGAUAUGGUGCAUUCAGACUGGGUUAUCAACAUUAUACAUGGCUUUAUUGGACAAGUCAAUAUUUGUGUAUUUGGUAAACCUAUUUAUUUGACCCUAAUUGGUCGCCGGUCAAAUCAGUUUGCCGGAACUCGUUUCUUAAAGAGAGGAGCCAACAACAAAGGUGCAGUAGCAAAUGAAGUUGAAACAGAACAAAUUGUCCAUGAUGCUUCAGUAACAUUCCUGAAUUCUGCUUGUGUUUCGUCUUUUGUGCAACUCCGAGGUUCCAUACCUUUGUUCUGGUCUCAAGAUAUUUCAAAAAUGGUUCCCAAGCCUCAAAUUGUUGUCGAUCAAGCAGACCCUUAUGCUUUUGUUGCUGGUCAACACUUCAAUGAUGUUAUAAAGCGAUUUGGAGCUCCUAUUAUUGUUCUUAACUUAGUGAAGCGUCGAGAGAAACGGCGCCAUGAAAGUAUAUUGACCAAAGAAUUUAUAAGUGCUAUUGAGUAUCUCAACCAGUUCUUAGCCUAUUCACACAACAUACAGUACAUUGGUUUUGAUAUGGCAGGGGUUAGUAAGAAGAAAGAUUGCAGUGUUAUGGAUCGUUUGGGCAAAAUUGCAAAAAGCUGCAUCAAACGUACAGGGUUUUAUUUUCACUCCCCUUCUAAUGUUCAUGACGAAUUAUGGAUGUCUGAACCACUUAAAGGAAUUCGAGGAAUAAAGACCGAAUAUGGAAAAAAGCAAACUGGAGUAGUGAGAACAAACUGUGUUGAUUGCCUUGAUCGCACAAACACAGCACAGUUUGCUGUUGGCAAAUGUGCUUUGGGAUAUCAGUUGUAUGCUAUGGGAGUUAAUUCUAGCCCCAAUUUAGAAUAUGAUACAGACUGUGUAAGAAUGUUGGAAAAACUAUAUGAAGACCAAGGAAACACAUUAGCCCUUCAAUACGGUGGCUCUCAGCUGGUACACAGAAUCAAAGGUUACCGCAAAAUUGCCACCUGGACAUAUAACUCUCGAGAUUUGGUUCAGACGAUAUCUCGUUACUAUAGCAAUGCAUUCUCUGAUGCUGAGAAGCAGCAAUCAAUUAAUUUAUUUCUUGGAGUUUAUAGCCCAAACUCUAGAACACCAAAUUUAUGGGAGCUCUCAACUGACUACUAUCUUCACAACCCUGACUGUUUUGGAAAGAAGUUACUCUCAAGAAAGAGCUACUGUCAGUGGUGGGAUCCCAAUGUGCCAUACUAUCUGCCUUUACCACUAGAUGAAGAGGAAAAAGGAUUAAACGACCAAUUACAUGUUUCUGUGAACAGAAGAACAGAUGAGUGUGUGGAUGAAUUUGCAGAACAUUAUCACCCUUAUGAAUUGACAUCAUUGGAAGAGCUAUUUGCUUUUACACUCACCCAUUCCAUAAGGAAUGUGAUGCCUAAACAUGCCACAGAUUACAGCCCAUUUUCCAUUCGUGUCAACCCAGAGCGACCAAUUGAUGACCAGAGUCUUGAAGCAUCAAUAAGUAGCAAAAGUGAACCUGCAAAUGCUUCCAAUCUCAUUGGAAGUGUGAGUGGAGGAGGAGGUAGCAGUGGAGGCAGUGAAGCAGGUAGUCGUGUUGGAGGAGGAGGUGAAGACAGUCUUAGUAGUAGUGAGAGUGAUGAAGUGGAUGGUGAUGUUGACUUCUCUGAUGAUUCCAACUCUGAUAAUUCAACAAUAGAAAACAAACAGAUUUCUUUCAAGGAUGUUUUCCCAACUACAAAGCAGGUUUAUGAUUUUAACAUCAACCAGCCUUCAAAGCAAGGAUUGUGUAUCUAUGAAAGGUAUGCCCAGUUUGGAGAUAGCUGGUAUAAACCACCAUCAAUUCAAGACAAAAAUACUAGAAAGAUAACUGAUCAAUUAUGGGAAAUGAGUGCCUUCAAGUUGGAUAGUGUUUACCAGGUGGAGUUACCUCCCGUGAAUAAAGUGUCUGACCAAAUUUACACAUCUUACGUGCUUUGCGGUAAACACGGCCCUGGUCCACCAAAGGCAAAAGACAUGGACACUUACAGGAGAUAUUUAUAUUGUAAAUAUCGAUAAAAAAUACCCCGGUCGAACCAUGCUAAAUACCAAUAGCAUAUAGGCAAAAACAAAAUCAUUAAAAAUGUUUUGCUCUAUUUAUCUAAAUUUUUACGUAAAAUGCCAAUAAAAGAAAAAAAAAAUAUUUAAGUUUA